AUGCGUUUCUCCCUCCUCCCCCUCCUCCUCGCGCCCCUGGCCGCCCUCGCCAGCCCGGUCCCCAUCACCACGCCCGAGGGCUACACCGUCACCUGCUACUACGACUACAGGGCCGCCAUGGCCGUCGGCAUCGACGCGAUCCUCUAUGCGUACGAGGACGACAACGACGUGCUCGACUACCCAUGGGAGAAGAUGAACUUUGGCGCGGUGAUGCGCGCGAACGGCGAUGUGAAGGUGAAGGUCUCGACGGCGGUACGGGAGGCGAGGGACUAUAUUCUCGCGAAUUGUCAGCUGCCGGAUGAGGCGGACUAUGGCGGGUUGGUGGAUUUGGGGAGUCAUAGGGUUAGGUUGGCGGCGCCGGGGAAAUAG